UUUAUACAAGGCAGACAAUUUAUGUUUGCUUACACAUUUGCUAAGAAAUACAACGCCCCCGCUUACUAUACAUUCCUUGGCCAUUUAGUAAUGGAAGCAUUCGAUUUAAGCAUUUUAUUGUUGUUUAUCAGGCGGGAAAACACAUGUGUUAUAGGGAAAAAAAGAAUUCCUUUUGUUAAACUUGAUCAGUAAAGUUCCUAAAUAAUUUAUAGAAAGCUUAACUAGCUAAAUAUUUCUUAGCUUACAGUCAAUCCCAUUAUCCUUAUGACAGCUGCGUUUAUGCUGCUUUUUAUCUUUAGCCUCAUUUAUUUUAGUAUUUUGCCUUCCGGAGAAUUCUUGGAUAUGCCGUAACAAUUGUUGUCUUUCAGAUCAUUUAUUUAUUCGAAACGAAAAGCAAAUAUUCCUCAAACAUAGCUGGCGGUCGCUUA